UGCUCAGGAGCGCAACUGUGGCUCCGAGCGUGCCACACCAGACCGGAACCGCUCCGUUUAGUUUAGAGAACACCACACAAAGGGCCCGUACGAGCGCUCGGCUUUGGAUCGAGUUCAAAUGAACCGCUGCGUAACGGAGACGGCUGCGUGCAGGGGCUGGUGCGCGCUGGCACUGGAUGGAAGCAAAAGAUCUCUCCACUGACGGGCUGAGCUCCAGUUUAGACAAGACCAGAAAAAGUCUGAGAGCGUAUUUCCGUUCACUGUCUCUCAGAAUGUAAACGGGUUACAGAUAUCAAGUACAGUUACCAGAAGUGUUCGUUGUUGUUGUUGUUGUGCUCCCCCCCACCCCCCUCCUUCCAGCCGUGCCAAUGCUGGAAUGGCUUGUGGCUCUGUGCAUUCUGAUCCUGGUCGUUUUUAUAUGGCCGGGCUCCAAAUAUUUCGGUACCGGCCACCAGCCGGACGCGUUACUUCAAGGAUUGGGCGUUUCGCGGCGCCCGGCCAAAGACUGGACAGGCGGACGGUGCGUAUCGGACCGGCUGGACAACAGCGGUGCCCAGCCGGUCUCCGGGGGAGCUGCGCCCGGUCAGGAGGCUCGCACCGCGGCACUGGUGUGCAAACCGUCCGCCCUGGCCAACUACCUGCAGAAACACUGCAGGACUUUCGGUAACUACUGGCCAGUCGUCGGCUGGACCUGGCGGGCAAGCGCCUUUCUCCAAAGUGUGUACGAGGCAUGCUGGCCGUACGAGAGCUCGGUCCAGUUUGUGCGGGACAACCUGCAGCUGAGCGACGAUGGGCUGGUGUCGCUGGACUGGGCAGUGCCCUCCUACCAGAAAAGACGGAGGACUUCCAGCCACUCCACCAGCCCGGUCCUUCUCAUCAUUCCCAACUCUUUUGGGAAGAUCACAAGGAAUGUGCUGAAGCUGUGUGAAAUGGCCCUGUCCCAUGGCUACCUCCCAGCUGUCUUCAACCGCCGCGGCCACAACGGCACCCCACUCACGACCAUCAAACUCCAGCAGUUCGGCGACCCCUCAGACCUGCGCGAGGCGGUGCGCUACAUCCGCUACCGCCAGCCUGCAGGAAGACUGUACGCGGUGAGCGAGAGCUCCGGGUCUGGCCUUCUCCUGUCUUACUUGGGGGAAUGUGGAUCGUCAAGCUACGUGACGGCGGCCGUGUGCCUGUCCCCCGUGUUCCGCUGCCAGAGCUGGUUUGAGAAUGGGCCGUGCUGGCCCCUGCAGUGGGUGCUAGCUCUGUACCAGAAGAUGUGUCUCAGCAGGUACAGGACUGCACUGGGUGAGAUCAUGCAAACGGAUGCUCUUUUCUCAAGCUGUUCUCUGCGUGCUGUGGAGGAAGCGCUUUUCUCUCAUAGUGGACGCGUGGGUUGUACACAGACAGUGCCAACCGGGACUGGGAACGGUUGUAGCAAUACCUCUGCUGCCUGGGAUGCUUACUGGGAACGCAACGAACCCUUACGGGACGUGGAUGAAGUGGCUAUUCCUGUUCUGAGUGUGUGCGCAAAGGAUGAUCCCAUCCGCGGAGACGCCCAAACCACGCUACCUUUGGAACUCUUCGAGACAAAUCCGCACUUUUUCCUCCUCCUGACCGAGCGUGGAGGUCACUGUGGCUUCUCCGCCCAGUCGGAGCGGAGGGCCGCCGGUGCACCGGCCGCUUUCGGCUCUGCGGCCGCCCCGCAUGCUGCCACGGGGAGCAGCGAUACCAACUGGAGCCACUUAGUCGUCCUGGAAUUCUUCAGAGCGACCACAGACUUUUUCAAUGCGGAGGAGAGAGCAAAGCAGCUUGCUGCAAAGAGGAGGGGGCUGGGGGCGGCCGGAGGAGGGAGAGCUUUCCGUCACCGCAGCGUCAGCACGUGUAAACGAGUACCGGCGUGUUCCCACAAUAUCCAUGAGAUUUACAAUUGGCAGAGGUCCUACACACGAUGAAUGGAACUUAAUGGAAGUUAGAGGUUUCUUGGGAAGUGACACCUGCAUGUCUGAAGGUUAAUAAAGACUGAUGAGUGCACUUCUUCCUCAUCAAGCACUUGAGAAGCUUUUGAACCAUGCUCUCUUUGUGUCAGUUAUUUCCAUUUUGUAGGUUUCUGCAUAUUUGCUUUCAAUAUGUGCAUAUACACCUGUAUAUGAGUUGAAAAACAAGAAUCCACUCCUUAUACUACAACUAAAAACCUCCACUGGGCACUCUUUAAAACAUGCACUGAUGUUUUAAGAUAUAAUAAGAAUUUGGGAAUCAAAACAUUCUCCCUGUAUGACAGUCAGCUAUAAACAGUUUUGGUGAACAUGGGUAAAAAAAAAAAGGGUUGGUGACGUUUGAGUGUUCAGACUUGUUUUAAAGACUACUGGCACUCAGUCUGUUAUGUUUAACGGCUGUGAGGUCUUUGAACUUCAUUAUGGGUGGGUCUAUAUCAUACCAGCUGAUGCACAUCCCUCAAAUGCCAAACAUAACUGUAAUUAUCUGCCUCACAUGUCUCAUGGUUUCUUACAUUUAUAACCACGUAUGCAAUGUUCACUACCAGAUCAGCACUGUUGUUUGCCUUAUUUGAAUUCUUCUUCUGUCUUUGGUGAAAUCUGUCCAGCAAGUUGUGUCGCUGGGAUAGAAAGAAACCCUGUAAAUUUCCUUUUAUUUUCAGAAUAUUAAUUUGGAUUUGAUUAUCCACUGUUAUUGUACAUAAGAAAAAGUUUAUUCACUGCAUUGUUAAAUGGCCUGAAAAAAUGUCCUGUGAUGCCCACAAUAGAGGAACAUAUGUGUUUUUGCUACCUAGAAGCUUUCACAGAAAGUCUCUGCUAUGUCCAGAGGCAUUAUGUCUUUCUCUGUCUUAUUAUUUAAAUCCUCCAGUUGUCCAAAGGCGGUAGGUGGUGAGGCCCAGAGCUUCACUGGUUUCAUUCUGAGAUGGGGACAUUAAGAUUUUUUUGAUGGAACAUUUUUCCAUGAACUUUUUGUAUUUGUGUUCAUUCUUGUGCUUGAAAAAUAAAUUAUAAGAAAAAUCUAAAACAAAGGAGUAGUUUUUUUCAGUUCAC